AUGUUUCUCACCGGUUUCUGGCAGCCCACUCCACGAGAGCACAAAUUCCAAGCUGUCAAAACCGAGACUGACGAUGACGACGAAAUCGACUCUGAAGGGCUUAUUUCAGCUCGAAAGAAGAUGGGAAAGACUACUGUCUCCAUUCCCUGGAUCUUCUUUACGACUGCGAAUCUCGUCAUAUUGGGCAUCACGGUUUCCCUGAUUCUUAGCGUGCAAAGCACCCAGACUCACGAGAAAAACGCCAUUCUUAGGCCGGUUUCAUGGUGGUCGCCUGUUCUCGACGAUAUAGAGAUCCCGAGCUAUACGACGACUCUGAACGGGACACUCUUCGCCCUACCAGAAAUUUCGAUUGCCCGCGAGGAACCAGGCCCGGAGAACGAUGCGAUCUGGGCGCAGUUUGAAAAGGUCUUGACGCAUGUUGUAACGCGCGAGGAUGUCAUCAAGCUGGGCAAAGAUCCAGAUACGGUGUCUCGGUUUGAUAACGAAUACUGGGGGCUGGGGGACGACGCAUACAUGGUCCAGCUUGAUGUGAUGCAUCAAAUACACUGUCUGAACAUGCUGCGCAAAGCAGCAUUUGAAGAAUACCCAGGCUACGAGCCUGAGCUGGAUACCAAGGACAGAAUGUGGUGGGUCCAUCUUGGCCACUGCACUGACAUCCUGCUACAGAAUCUGCAAUGCAAUGCGAACACAGAGGUCCUGACGCUGGCGUGGGUGGAGGACCGCCACCCCCCGUGGCCAGACUUCAGUGUGAAUCGCAAAUGCCGCAACUUCCAGACAUUAAUUGACUGGCAGCGCGACAAUGCCGUUGAUGUGGCCAAAUUCGAUAAUAUGCCGCUUCCCAAGGAUGCCUUUGUGUGGCCGUCUCCCUGGAAGAAGCAGGACUCGGAAUUGGGCGUGGUGUUAGGGCAACAUCACCUGCAGGAAGGAGACGGUGAGUUGCAAGAAGGAUCAAACCAUACGCAUUUCAAACCCCGUAGGUCGUUAGUAUAG